AUGUUUUACAGUCACGAACUUCUCACAAACCGCCAAUAUGGCGUGGCUACCAUCUGGCUCGUGGCGACGAUAGGCAAAACUAGCGCCAAGCGUGUCAGCAAGAAGGCUAUCCAGGAUGUCGACGUCGCGCGAGCAUGCGACCAGAUCCUCGAGCCAGGAGCUCCAAUCGCGUUGCGCCUACAAGGAAGUCUACUCUAUGGCCUCUCAAAGGUUUAUCAUCAGAAAUGGCACUAUUUUGUUUCCGAUCUUACGAGUGUCCAAGAGCAUAUGGCAAAGUUUAUGAGACAGUUCGGCACCAAUCAGCUUGAUCCUGCAGUAACAAGAGCCAGGCCAGAGAACCUCAUGAUCCAUGACGAUCCUGACUUCUUUCCCGGCGCUUUUGAUUUGCCAGAUCUCAGCCAACUACUUGCUACUACGAAUCAAGUGGUAAAUCAGCACAGCAAUAAAACCUCGUCACAGAUGUCACCACACUCGUUGUGUUCAGAUCGAAACUCUUCGGGCAAUGAACAAUUCUCCCUCCAGCUGCAACUUCGCGAGUCGAGUGUGAACGGUUCACACGCUCCACGUCACGGACUUGAAGGGCUUUCCUCAGCACAAAAGCCGGCAGCCAUGGGCGGCAACGACGACAUCUUUGGCGAUGACCUCGAAGGUUCAAUGGACUUUGGCCUACAAAUCGACGAGUUUGGCAACAUCAUGGAAGCUCCCGAACCAAGAGUUGCAGUUGUCGACGAGCCCGACCUGCCACCAUUGCCAACUAUCGAGAGCCUGGAAGGUGCACGUCAACCUGAGCAACCGCAGAUUGACGCGCAGGGUGGAUUUUUCAUGAUGGAUGAGCAGCCACUCCCAGAUGCUGAAGCAUUGCCUGGUCGCCGAGGCGAAGCCAAUCCAGAAGCCAUUACUGCCGAAGAAGAAAGUGCGCACGCCGCCCCUGCCCGACGUCAGUACAAGCGCAAGGUCAUCCAUGCAGACGAAGAGAUGGAAAUACCCAGAGCAGUUAUGAGAAAUUGGCAAACACAAUACCUUACCAAUUGUUGCACGGAGAAGGCACAGCCGGUCACCACUGCACAGGCUCAGAAGAACGCAAUUCAUUUGACAUUCGGACUAGGGAUUGGCAAUAUCGGACAGAGCCUUGGUAUUCCUGGCAUAAUUCAUCCCCUCGCUCAAGUUUUCUCUGGUGACUCUUUAUUCACUGCUUAUACUGGGCUCCAAGUGUUGGACAAGGCCAGCCGAAAGCGAACACGAUCAGCAACCGAGUCCAGUAAGAAUAAUGCGGAGGAGCGGCGAGUUCGACCUAGAAUUGAAGAAAAAGAAGGCGAGCAGCAAGGACGAGGUCUCGAAACGAAUGACAUGUUCGACUUUGGCGCACAGCAGAGUCCUCCAGAAAUUGGUCGAGAGGCCCUGUCAGCACUGGAUGACAAUCCUUCUUCCGCCAUGCCUUGGAACAACCGCGGCUCAUCACUCAUGCCGGGUUCGUCAAUCCAAAAGGGUGGCUCAGUCCGGCUUGGUCGCGAGCAAUCUAGUCCGCUGGGUAGGCGUGGCGUUGUUCAAGACAUAGUCCGCUACAGCUCAGAUGCGGAUAUGGGAGGCAUGGAUUUCGGAGACGCUGCCAUGCACUCGGGCGACUCUUCCUUCGACGGCAUGCCGCUUCCUGCUGGCCUACCCGAGAACGAGGGCCCCGCACAACAAACGGACACGCAAGCCGAAAACCAGUACUCACGCGAGGCCCUGGAUCGUGAGGGCAAGAAUUUCCUGGGCUUCAUCGAGCAGACGCUUCGCGAAAACGGCGAACGCCGCCACGACGAAGAUUUCGAACGACAGCGCAAGUGGAUCGCCUUCGAUGAUGUUUUCGUGCCCAGGGACACAAAUCGCGCAACCGCUGCACAAGCCUUCUAUCAUGUCCUGACGCUGGUUACCAAGGGUCAGAUGGUCGUGGAGCAGGAUAAUGUGGGCAAGGAACCAUUUGGAGGCAUUCAUGUCGGCCUCAAGCUGCCUCCCGGCGCUUAG